AAGAUGGAGGCUUUGAGAAGGUCCUCCUCCUCCUUAUCCCUGGCUAAACCACCCCCACCAAUCCUUAUACACAAUAGCUAGCCCUUGCCAUCCACAGCCUCUCCUAUCCCUCCUCCGUUAUCCACUUUAUCCCCCCCUGACGGAGUAAUCCCCUCCUGAUAUCAUAUCCCCCACCCCGGACCGACGUCGACGUUUCCCAAGAAGCUUCGGAAUCCGAGUUAUCCCGUGGACCCCAUGGAAUAUCCCGCGGCAUAAACCUCCCAUCCGCGAACGCUAUACCGAAUAUUCCCUCUCCUCCGCUCUCCUUUAAAUUCCUUUCUCCUCCCCAACUCUCUCUCAUCGCCCUCUCCACCUCCAAAUCCCAAACUCUUGACGCUAAAACCAAUCAUCUUAACAUCAAUGGCUCUGAAGGCCGUUCAUGUCUCCGAUGUCCCCAAUCUCGACCUGGUCCCCGAGGGCCCGACGAUCGCCGUAGCCUCCUCCCUUCUCCCCAAAGGGAUGGAGGUGGUGAAGUCGGCGUUCAAGCCGGCGAAGUUCGUCGUCAUCGGCCACCGGGGGAAGGGGAUGAACGCUUUGGCGUCGCCGGACCGCCGGAUGAAGGAGAUCAAGGAGAACUCCAUCCUCUCCUUCAACCACGCCGGACGUUUCCCCGUCGACUUCGUCGAGUUCGACGUCCAGGUGACCAGAGAUGACUGCCCAAUAAUCUUCCACGACAACUUUAUACUCACUGAAGAGGAUGGCAAUAUAUCUGAGAAGCGUGUGACCGAUCUUACCAUGGAAGAAUUCCUCUCUUAUGGGCCCCAAAGAGAGCCUGGGAAGGUGGGAAAGACAUUAUUUAGAAAGACCAAGGAUGGGAGAGUGUUUGAUUGGAAUGUGGAAGUUGAUGACCCUCUUUGCACAUUGGAAGAAGUAUUUCAAAGGGUUGAUUCCCAUCUUGGAUUCAACAUUGAGUUGAAAUUUGAUGACAAUCUUGUCUUCCAAGAAGAGCAGCUAACUCACAUUCUCCAAGUAAUUUUGCAAGUGGUCUGCAAGUAUGCAAAUGAAAGAACAAUAAUCUUCUCAAGCUUCCAACCUGAUGCAGCACAACUUAUUCGGAAAUUGCAGGACACUUACCCUGUGUUUUUCCUUACAAAUGGCGGAUCAGAGAUCUAUAGUGAUGUGAGGAGGAAUUCUCUGGAUGAGGCCAUUAAAUUAUGCUUGGCAGGUGGCCUGCAAGGGAUAGUAUCUGAAGUUAAAGCCAUCUUUAGAAAUCCAUCCAUGAUACCUAGAAUAAAGGAAUCCAAUCUAGCCCUCUUAACUUAUGGUCAACUAAACAAUGUUCCUGAGGCAGUAUAUAUGCAGCAUCUGAUGGGAAUUAAUGGUGUUAUUGUUGACUUGGUUCAAGAGAUCGCUGAAGCUGUUUCAGAUUUCAUUAACCCAGAGACAGUAGGAGAUGAAAGCUUGUCUAAUUCAGUAAAGGAGGAGAAGGCAAAGGAGUCAACAAAGCUAGAGUUUUCUCAGGGCGAGCUUUCAUUUUUGAUGAGGCUUAUACCUGAAUUGGUGCAACAAUAGCCAAGUUUUUUUUUUUUUUUUUUUGACCAGGCAUUAACACUGUUAUGAAGAAUCCUAUCAUACUCGUAUACAUCAUGGCUGAGACCCCUUCUUAAACUGCAACUGGAAUUUGCUAUGAUGGUUUUUAAGCAGAGCCUCUCAUGUUGUCCUCUAUCUUGGUCAAGUCUUUUGGAUACCAGGGGAAGGAUGGCUUCUCUUUCCAUAAUGGAAAGUGUUCAGUUUGUAGAGGUAAAAUGUGAAUGAAAUGGAGCCUUUGGGAGCUUGCUCAGCAAAUUUAUACUAACUUUGAGAGGACUGCAAGCCAAAUGCAUGCAACAGUAUGUAAGUGAGGGGUGUAACUUAUACUUGUCAAAAAGAAUUUUUGUUAUUGGAAGGCAUUUGGUAUCAUGCUAUGAUUGCUCUGGUGCUUGCAAAUGCUCAGAUCACUUUUAAUGGUCAGGCAUUUGCUACUAUGCUCCCUUCAUCAGUUUAUACUGAUCAGAGUUUGGAUUGAAUGGAUCUCCACACAGUUAUCAGGUGGACCAAAUGGUGUUCAUCCAUUGUAAUUGAGAGCCUAAUUGAUUUUUUAAGAAAAAUGCUGAUAGUUUUUUUUGCA